CAGAGAGAAAGAGCGCUUGCAACAGGUGUAUCCCAGAAAACAGGUAGGCUGAACCACUCCUACUUUUGAGAAGCCAGAAUAUGGUGUGAAAGAAACAGAACAUACUUUGUUUAUUUCAUUAGCCAUAAAUUAUUAUUUUGCCAAAAAGGAAUAGGCAACAAGUUUCGCACGGAGGGAGAGCAACUUUCCAAAGGAUUUAUUGGAAUAAGAUGAGCCAACAACAGCAUACAACAUAUUAUUGAAUCAUAAACUUUGGCUAUACCUAAGAUCAAUACUACUUUUAGACUUCUUUACACUCUUGUCUUGGAUUUGGAAUUGGAUGAAAGAAAGUUGACCGAGGUUGAGCGGAACUUCUUGGACUAAUGUCCUGACUGAUUCCAGCGUUGGACUAGACCACACACCUUUAACUGUAUUCAGGACUAUCAAGGAGCAGUCGGGCGGACCACUCCACCGAACCGGGGAGAAUGACACUGCUGCUGUGGAUCCUUGGGAGUUUCAGUAAGUGAUUUAUUCAUGAUUUAAUGUUUAGACUAUGAUCAAUAGUAACACUGCACUAAGUAAGGCAAUAUAAUUUUCUAUGAAAGCUUCACACAAUAAUGACAAAUAUAUUGAAAGUUAACUAAAGCUCUGCAUUUUUAUUUUGGUUUACCUGUUGUCUUAUGUAUUUUUGUAAUUUACCUACCAAGUAGUUUUUUAAAAUAUAAUUAUAAAAGUAGGCUACUUCCAAUUUUGGCUCUUGUCCAGCUUCUUGUGUCUUUUCUGGAUUAGAUGAACAACACUUGAGGUGUUGUCUGAUAUUUCUGGAAAAACAGGCUGCAGUUGAUCAAUUUCCCUCCCUCAUGUUUACGAUUCAGUCCAACUCUCUCUCUCUCUCUCUCUCUCUCUCUCUCUCUCUCUCUCUCUCUCUCUCUCUCUCUCUCUCUCUCUCUCUCUCUCUCUCUCUUUCUCUCUGUCUCUGUCUUGUCUCUGUCUCAAUUCAAUUACAUUUGCUUUAUUGGCAUGACGUAACAAUGUACAUAUUGCCAAAGCUUACUUUGGAUAUUUACACUAUUAACAUAAUUAAAAUAAUAAUAAUCAAUAUUGUCAACGGGACAACAGUAACAGCAAUAACCAAGUGUCAAAAUAACCAUUGAACAAUAACAAUAUCAAAUCAAAUCACAUUUUAGGUGCAGAGUCAAUGUGCGGGGGCACCGGCUAGUCGAGGUAAUUGAGGUAAUAUGUACAUGUGGGUAGAGUUAAAGUGACUAUGCAUAAAUAAUAAACAGAGUAGCAGCAGUGUAAAAGAGGGGGUGGGGGUGGGGGGGGCUUGACUGCCCUUGACCAGCACAAAAACAUCCUGUGGCGUACUGCAUUAGCAUCAAAUAGCCCCCGCGAUAUGCAACUUUUCAGGGAAGUUAGGAACCAAUAUACACAAGCAGUCAGGAAAGCAAAGGCUAACUUUUUCAAACAGAAAUUUGCAUCCUGUAGCACAAACUCCAAAAAGUUUUGGGACACUGUAAAGUCCAUGGAGAAUAAGAGCACUUCCUCCCAGCUGCCCACUGCACUGAGGCUAGGAAACACUAUCACCACCGAUAAAUCUACAAUAAUCGAGAAUUUCAACAAGCAUUUUGCUACGGCUGGCCAUGCUUUCACCUGGCUACCACUACCCCGGCCACCAACUCUGCACCCUCCGCUGCAACUUGCCCAUGCCCCCCCCGCUUCUCCUUCACACAAAUUCAGACAGCUGAUGUUCUGAAAGAGCUGCAAAAUCUGGACCCCUACAAAUCAGCUGGGCUAGACAAUCUGGACCCUUUCUUUCUAAAACUAGCCGCCGAAAUUGUCGCAACCCCUAUUACUAGUCUGUUCAACCUCUCUUUCGUAACGUCUGAGAUCCCCAGAGAUUGGAUUGCUGCCGCGGUCAUCCCCCUCUUCAAAGGGGGUGACACUCUAGAUCCAAACUGUUACAGACCUAUAUCCAUCCUGCCCUGCCUUUCGAAAGUAUUUGAAAGCCAAGUUAACAAACAGAUCACCGACCAUUUCGAAUCCCACCGUACCUUCUCCGCUAUGCAAUCCGGUUUCCGAGCUGGUCAUGGGUGCACUUCAGCCACACUCAAGGUCCUAAACGAUAUUAUAACCGCGAUCGAUAAUAGACAGUACUGUGCAGCCGUCUUCAUCGACCUGGCCAAGGCUUUCGACUCUGUCAACCACCGCAUUCUUAUUGGCAGACUAAAUAGCCUUGGUUUCUCAAAUGACUGCCUCGCCUGGUUCACCAACUACUUCUCAGAUAGAGUUCAAUGUGUCAAAUCGGAGGGCCUGUUGUCUGGACCUAUUGCAGUCUCUAUGGGGGUGCCACAGGGUUCAAUUCUUGGGCCGACUCUUUUCUCCGUGUAUAUCAAUGAUGUCGCUCUUGCUGCUGGUGACUCUCAGAUCCACCUCUACGCAGACGACACCAUUUUGUAUACAUCUGGCCCUUCAUUGGACACUGUGUUAACAAACCUCCAAACGAGCUUCAAUGCCAUACAACACUCCUUCAGUAGCCUCCAACUGCUCUUAAACACUAGUAAAACUAAAUGCAUGCUCUUCAAUUGAACGCUGCUGGCACCCGCCCACCCGACUAGAAUCACCACUCUCGACGGGUCUGACCUAGAGUAUGUGGACAACUACAAAUACCUAGGUGUCUGGUUAGACUGUAAACUCUCCUUCCAGACUCACAUUAAGAAUCUCCAAUCCAAAGUUAAAUCUAGAAUCGGCUUCCUAUUUCGCAACAAAGCCUCCUUCACUCAUGCUGCCAAACAUGCCCUCGUAAAACUGACUAUCCUACCGAUCCUUGACUUCGGCGAUGUCAUUUACAAAAUAGCCUCCAACACUCUACUCAGCAAAUUGGAUGUAGUCUAUCACAGUGCCAUCCGUUUUGUCUCUAAAGCCCCAUACACUACCCACCACUGUGACCUGUACGCUCUUGUUGGCUGGUCCUCACUACAUGUUCGUCGUCAAACCCACUGGCUCCAGGCCAUCUAGAAAUCACUACUAGGCAAAUCCCCGCCUUAUCUUAGCUCAUUGGUCACCAUAGCAGCACCCACCCGUAGUCUGCGCUCCAGCAGGUAUAUCUCACUGGUCAUUCCCAAAGCCAACACCUCCUUUGGCCGCCAUUCCUUCCAGUUCUCUGCUGCCAAUGACUGGAACGAAUUGCAAAAAUCUCUGAAGCUGGAGACUCUUAUCUCCCUCACUAACUUUAAGCAUCAGUUGUCAGAGCACCUUACCGAUCACUGCACCUGUACACAGCCCAUCUGAAAUUAGCCCACCCAACUACCUCAUCCCUAUAUUGUUAUUUAUUUUGCUAUUUUGCACCCCAGUAUCUCUAUUUGCACAUAAUCUCUUGCACAUCUAGCAUUCCAGUGUUAAUACUAAUUGUAAUUAUUUUGCACUAUAGCCUAUUUAUUGCCUUACCUCCAUAACUUGCUACAUUUGCACACACUGUAUAUAUAUUUUCUGUUGUAUUUUUUUGACUUUAUGUUUUUUUUACCCCAUAUGUAACUCUGUGUUGUUGUUUUUAUCGCACUACUAUGCUUUAUCUUGGCCAGGUCGCAGUUGUAAAUGAGAACUUGUUCUCAACUGGCUUACCUGGUUAAAUAAAGGUGAAAUAAAUAAAAAAUAAAUAAAUAGUCCGGGUAGUCAUGAUUAGCUGUUCAGGAGUCGGAUGGCUUAAGGGUAGAAGCUGUUGAGAAGCCUUUUGGACCUAGACAUGGCUCUCCGGUACCGCUUGCCGUGCGGUAGCAGAGAGAACAGUAUAUGACUAGGGUGGCUGGAGUCUUUGACAAUUUUGAGGGCCUUCCUCUGACACCGCCUGGUAUAGAGGUCCUGGAUGGCAGGAAGCUUGGCCCCAGUGAUGUACUGGGCCGUACACACUACCCUCUGUAGUGCCUUGCAGUCGGAGGCCGAGCAGUUGCCAUACCAGGCAGUGAUGCAAUAUAGAGGACAUGUGCAGGUUGGUUGGUCUGUCAGACACUGUCCCUCAUCUUAUGGCAGGCAGCAAUGUAGUGCGCUGCCAACCCACAGCUCUCUGCGUCCUCCCCCAACAGGACGGGUAGCCUAUUCUCAUCAGAGAGGUUUUUGAAACCUUGAAAAACGGUUUAAAAUUUUGGGAAAUGACACACUCUAAUUGUUUUAUAUUUUUGACAUUUUGUCAGGAAAUGCAGCUCUGUCUCAGGUUCUGCUGUGGUGCAGCGGUUGCACAGCCUUUCCUCUACAGGGAGCCAGGUUUUCCUGUGUCUACCCUUCUCAAUGGCAAGGCUGUGCUCACUGAGCCUGUACUUUGUCAAGGUUUUUCUAAGGUUUUGAUCAGUAACCAUGGUCAAAUAGUUAGCCACGGUGUACUGUCGAUUUAGAGCCAGAUAGCACUGCAUUUUACUUUGUGCUUGUGCUUGUGUUUCCCAAUAAGCAAUGUAGUUUUGUUUUGACUGUGUUGUAAUUUGGUUUAUUCUGAUUGAUUGGAUGUUCUGGUCCUGAGGCUUCAGUGUGUUAUUAGAACAGGUUUGUGAACUCAGCCCCAGGACCAGCUGGAUGAGGGGACUCUUUUCUUUGCUCAGCUCUUGGCAUUGCAGGGCUUGGUAAAUAUAUGAGAGGGGGUCACUGUAUUUUAGAUGUUUCCAAAACUUAAUUGCUAUUUUUUGAGUUUUUAUUAUUAGUGGAUAUUGGCCUAAUUCUUCCCUGAAUGUAUUGUUUGUAGUUUUCCUCUGGACAUGUAGGAUAAUCUCACAGAACUCUGCAUGUAGGGUUUCAAUGGGGUUUGUCCCAUUUGGUGAAAUCUUGUUUUGCAAGUGGUCCCCACACCUCGCUGCCAUAAAGUGCAAUUGGUUCAAUGACACAUUCAAUUAGUUUUAGCCAAAUUUUAAUAGGUAUUUCAAUUUGAAUUUGUUAUUUAAUGGCGUAGAAUGCCCUGCGUGCUUUCUCUCUCAGUACAUUCACUGCAUCAUUAAGGUGUCCAGUUGAUAAGUAAUUGUAGUGUGUGCAGUACUCUAUAUAUUUUGUACCAAUUGAGAACUUUGGUCUAAUUCUCUGGAAAAUCAUUAUUUUAGUCUUUUUGGGGUUUACUGCCAGGGUCCCGGUCUGGCAGUACUGUUCUAGCAGGUCCAGGCUCUGCUGUAAGGCCAUGUGCUGUGGGUGACAGCAGGCACAGGUCAUCUGCGAAGAGCAGGCAUUUAACCUUUAACCUCUCUCUGUCUCUCGGUCUCUUGGUCUCUCUCUCUCUCUCUCUCUCUCCUCUCUCUCUCUCUCUCUCUCUCUCUCUCUCUCUCUCUCUCUCUCUCUCUCUCUCUCUCUCUCUCUCUGUGUGUCUAUGUCUAUCUGUGUCUCUCUCUCUCUCUCUGUCUCUCUGUCUCUCUGUCUCUCUCUCUCUCUGUCUCUCUUUUUUUCCCUCCUUCUCUCCCUUUCUUUCUCUCUGUCUCCCCACACACACAUACACACAAGUAUGUCUGUAUGGGGAUCAGAGAAGGAUUGCAGCCGGCGUCUAUCGUUCUGUACUGUAUUUAUAGAUGCUGAUGUAUAAUGACUGUUUUGCAUUAAGAAUACAGAGACAUGGUUUGUGUGAGGCAGAGGCUGAGACAUAGAUAGAGACCGACUGUGUGUGUGUGUUUGUGUGUGUGUGUCCAAUGUGUAUUUAUUGAUGCACAGAGGGGAUGAGGCAGUCAGACGGCAAUCAGGACUUCAUUCGUUGAGGAUCAACAAUGUUGUGACUUGGCAGAACAGUGUGAUAUUGUAGAUAAUAUAAGAUUACUGGUUAUGUCUACAUCAAUUAGGUCUGGGAGUUUACAGUUCUACCUGAAAACACACAGGUUGUGCGUGUGUGUGUGCAUGCAUGCGUACGUACAUACAUGUGUGUAUACAGUGGGGAAAAAAAGUAUUUAGUCAGCCACCAAUUGUGCAAGUUCUCCCACUUAAAAAGAUGAGAGAGGCCUGUAAUUUUCAUCAUAGGUACACGUCAACUAUGACAGACAAAAUGAGAAAAAGAAAUCCAGAAAAUCACAUUGUAGGAUUUUUUAUGAAUUUAUUUUUAAUGAUCAUUGUCAUGCUGAAAGACCCAGCCACGUUUCAUCUUCAAUGCCCUUGCUGAUGGAAGGAGGUUUUCACUCAAAAUCUCACGAUACAUGGCCCCAUUCAUUCUUUCCUUUACACGGAUCAGUCGUCCUGGUCCCUUUGCAGAAAAACAGCCUCAAAGCAUGAUGUUUCCACCCCCAUGCUUCACAGUAGGUAUGGUGUUCUUUGGAUGCAACUCAGCAUUCUUUGUCCUCCAAACACGACGAGUUGAGUUUUUACCAAAAAGUUCUAUUUUGGUUUCAUCUGACCAUAUGACAUUCUCCCAAUCCUCUCCUGGAUCAUCCAAAUGCACUCUAGCAAACUUCAGACGGGCCUGGACAUGUACUGGCUUAAGCAGGGGGACACGUCUGGCACUGCAGGAUUUGAGUCCCUGACGGCGUAGUGUGUUACUGAUGGUAGGCUUUGUUACUUUGGUCCCAGCUCUCUGCAGGUCAUUCACUAGGUCCCCCCGUGUGGUUCUGGGAUUUUUGCUCACUGUUCUUGUGAUCAUUUUGACCCCACGGGGUGAGAUCUUACGUGGAGCCCCAGAUCGAGGGAGAUUAUCAGUGGUCUUGUAUGUCUUCCAUUUCCUAAUAAUUGCUCCCACAGUUGAUUUCUUCAAACCAAGCUGCUUACCUAUUGCAGAUUCAGUCUUCCCAGCCUGGUGCAGGUCUACAAUUUUGUUUCUGGUGUCCUUUGACAGCUCUUUGGUCUUGGCCAUAGUGGAGUUUGGAGUGUGACUGUUUGAGGUUGUGGACAGGUGUCUUUUAUACUGAUAACAAGUUCAAACAGGUGCCAUUAAUACAGGUAACGAGUGGAGGACAGAGGAGCCUCUUAAAGAAGAAGUUACAGGUCUGUGAGAGCCAGAAAUCUUGCUUGUUUGUAGGUGACCAAAUACUUAUUUUCUACCAUAAUUAGCAAAUAAAGUCAUUAAAAAUCCUACAAUGUGAUUUUCUGGAUUUCUUUUCUCAAUUUGUCUGUCAUAGUUGACGUGUACCUAUGAUGAAAAUUACAGGCCUCUCUCAUCUUUUUAAGUGGGAGAACUUGCACAAUUGGUGGCUGACUAAAAACUUUUCUUCCCCACUGUAUGUACUGUAUAUGCAUGUGUUUGUGUGUGUGCGUUCAUGCAUGCGUUUGCAUGAACUGUGUGUGUGUGUGGGAGGCAUGUGUGUUUCUCUGGACACUAAGGGGUUCACUAUAAACUGGUAUGAACAGUUAACUAGUCCAACAAGUCAAUUAAUAUAUCUUCUCAUCUAAUCACUUGCUUUCAUACACCUGUUUCUCUCUGUCCUCCCCCUGACUGUCUCCCUUUCUUUUUGUGCUCUCUUAAAUUCCUUCCCCCCUAUCUCUUGGCCUCUCUAUGUUCUUUGCAAACAAACUUUCCACAUCUCUCUGUUCUCUACACCUCUUCUCUUCUCAUACUUUCUGUUGUUCAUCCCCUAAAGUAUACGGAAGGACACUGAGAAGAGUGUUAGGUUACUAAUCCUCAGUCAUGUUUCAGUGCACAGUCUCCCUAAUGUCGUUCAACCUCUCAUUCUCUAUCUCUCAACCUCUAUCUCUCUGCUCUUUCUCCCCCCCCCCCCUCUCUCUCUCUCUCUCUCUCUCUCUCUCUCUCUCUCUCUCUCUCUAUACUACACUGUGACGUAUUGUAUUUAGCUAUAUUGUAAUUGUCUUUAUUCUGUGUUUUCUAUAAUGACGUUUACGAUGCCACACAUAUUUUCCCCAAGGGGACAAUAAAGUCAGCAAAUAAGUCUCUCUCUUUCUCUCUCUGUCUCUCCCCCCUCUUCCUCCCUUUCUCCUUCCCACCCUAUCCCCCUCUUUCUCUCUCUCCCCCAGUUGCUGUGGUGCAGGGGGACUUUGUGGAGCCCUCUCCCCUGUUCUCGAUGCGCUCCUUGACCGAGGUUGAGACCCGGCUGCCCUGCCGGUUCAAGGUGGAAGUGGGCCAGGUGGUGGUUCAGGUCUGAAGCAUGAUUUACUACAGUACCCAUAAUUCUCUGUACAACAUAUCCGGUUUUAUAUUAGAAAAUACAUCCCUAACAUGAUGGUGUCUCGCCUCUCCUUGUCACAGGUCACCUGGACCAAGGAGAAAGCAGAUGGUACCAAGGACCAGAUGAUCACAGUUCACCACACUGCCGGACACACAGGUAGGACACGUAUAUAGUAGGGUCAACCAUCUUUCUCUUUAUAAUAUUGUAGCGAACGGCAGGGCAGGAAAGCGAACCCAGGUCGCUGGCGUGAAAGGCAAACACCCAACAUUUCAUGCCAAUAGGGUUAACCCACUUGGUGGGAAUUGUAACAUAUAGCAAGGACUGCCCCAUCUGAACGGGAAAGCGCGUCCCAGCGCUUCGGCUACUCAGCCUCCUCACACGUCCGGGUUGUGGGUUCCGAUGACCUCACAGCCGGCAUCCCACUUCUGACACCACUGUAGUGAACGACGCGGCAGGGAAGCGAACCCGAGUCGCUGGUGUGAAAGGCAAACACCGUACGCAUUGUGCCAAUAGGGUUAACCCACUUGGUGGGAAUCGUAACAAGGCUCAUAUAGUGAGGAUCACUACAUUAUAUUGGUAGUUCACCCUCUUUGCUAACACUCGAAGCCUCACAAGUAGUUGACAAAACUACAGAUGCACUUUUAACCUAGCUACUCCUCCAUCUCUCUCUUUUUGCCUCCCCAAUAUCUCUCUUCCUCUCUCGUCUAUCUCUCUCCUCCUCCCCCUCUCUCAGAGUUUGGUCAGUACUCGGGGCGUGUGCGGUUCGGCAGCAGUGAGCCCACGGUGGACUCGUCUCUGAUCAUCAUGAACACUGUGGAGUCAGACGAGGGCAGGUACAACUGUCACAUCAGCACCUUCCCCUCUGGGAACUUUGAACGACAGCUGUCACUCACCGUGUGGAGUAAGUCCCUCCCCUUACUUCCUCUUCCUCAUUGUAUCACUUUGAUUUACAGAGUAUAAUGUCCUUCUAUGGCCUAUAUCUUUUAAUGGAAAGAGAGUGGUUGAUUGGUUGGAUGAUGACGAUGAUGAUGAUGUUGAUAAUAAUGAGGAUGUUGAUGAUGAUGAUGAUGAUAAUGAGGAUGAUGAUGUUGUUGAUAAUGAUGAUGAUGGGAACAGGUGUCAGUUGUAGUAUUACCAGCUAAAACAAUAGCUUCAGUUGUGGUAAUAGUAGUCAUAUAAGCCACAAGAUCAGUAAACGAUUAAGAACUGUCCUUGUGACUGUCAGUGUAUCCAGCUGUCUGAGUUUUUUAGGAUUAAGUAUCCUCAAAGAGCUGAUCAAGGGGUUUUUAAACACCUACCUAACGGAGAAGAUUAGUUCUCAGCUUGGGUCAUGACAAAGCUGAUCCUAGUGCAGUGCUUAGUGACUUCCACCCCCUGAAGUAUCAUGUCACUGAUCUAGGAACAGAUGAACCUCCAACUAACAACUAAGACCAGUUCUAAGAUUAGUCCUAAAAUCACCUCCCCAAACAAAACACUAAGACCAGUGAUUAGUUGCUUCCUCUCCCUGAAGCAAGUCUGACAGGUGAACAUUCUUGAUCCUUGACAUUUGACCCUUGACCUCACCCCCACCACAGCCACACCCAUCUCCUCCCUGGACCCCGUGGUCCUUGUCGAGGGCCAGUCCUACCGAUUGGCCGCCUCCUGCCGCUCCGUGGCCCGCCCCCCCCCCAGCCUCUCCUGGGACACGGACCUGACGGGCAGUUCACAGAACAGGAGCUCGGUGGGUAGGUCAGUCUCCAUUCACUACUCGCUGCACCCCCUGAGGAGUAUGAACGGGAAGAGGCUGGACUGUCUGGUGUGGCACCCGACUCUGGAGGGACCCCGCAGGAUCACCAACAACCUGGUGGUGCACUGUGAGUUCAGACUCCAUAAUAACUACAAUUCUAGAUACUUAAUGCACAUCUCAUUGAGUUUAGUCGCCAAUUAAUGACUUAUUAAACCAGCUAAUAAGCCAUAUAUGUUUUAUGCUUGACCUCUGACCUCUUAUGCUUCAUUCCAAAUUGACAAAUUUAGAAAAUAAAUAUUAGAAAAAAUUAUUUAGGGGAUUUUUGCUUUUUUAUUUAGACAAAUUAGAAACAGCUGGGAGACAGAUUAGGAAGACAAAGUGGGAAAGGUGGAGGCAUGGAUCAAAUCCUGGUCUUCGUGGUUGUGUACAUGUGCCUAGACCACCAGAACAUGUGGACUAGUUAAUUGAGUACAUAAAAAUGGUGGUUACCAGGGUCAGAGCUUAGCUUUAAACUCCCAUGGGUGUGAGGCAUAACCAGGGGCCCCCCUCCUGUGCGUCAAAUCUUACUCAGUAUGGACAAUCACUACCUCAUUUCCCAAGUCAAACAUGUACAGAUAAUAUUGCUUUUCUAAUUUAAUUUACCAAUGAUUUAAGCAAGUUUUAUCUACCAUGAUGAACACAAGCUUGGAUUAGGCUAAAGACAUUCGUACCAGCAGUUACAAGACAAAUAGCUACAGUACAUGACCAAAAGUAUGUGGACACCUGCUCGUCGAACAUCUCAUUCCAAAAUCAUGGGUAUUAAUAUGGAGUUGGUCCCCCCUUUGCUGCUAUAACAGCCUCCACUCUUCUGGAAAGGCUUUCCACUAGAUGUUGGAACAUUGCUGCGGGGACUUGCUUCCAUUCAGCCACAAGCGCAUUAGUGAGGUCGGGCACUGAGGUUGGGCGAUUAGGCCUGACUCGCAGUCGGCGUUCCAAUUCAUCUCAAAGGUGUUUGAUGGGGUUAAGGUAGCUCUAGCAGGGCAGAAAUUUGACGAACUGACUUGUUGGAAAGGUGGCAUCCUAUGACGGUGCCACGUUGAAAGUCACUGAGCUCUUCAGUAGGGCCAUUCUACUGCCAAUAUUUGUCUAUGGAGAUUGCAUGUCCGUAUGCUCAAUUCUAUACACCUGUCAGCAACGGGUGUGGCAGAAAUAGUCAAAUCCACUAAUUUGAAGGGGUGUCCACAUACUUUUGUAUAUACAGUGCAUUCAGAAAGUAUUCAGUCCCCUUGACUUUUUCCACAUUUUGUUACGUUACUGAACGGAGCAAAAUACAGCGCGAUCCUUGAGGAUAACCUGCUCCAGAGCGGUUCACCAUCAACAGGACAACGACCCUAAGCACACAGCCAAGACAAUGCAGGAGCGGCUUCAGGACAAGUCUCUGAAUGUCCUUGAGUGGCCCAGCCAGAGCCUGGACUUGAACCCGAUCGAACAUCUCUGGAGAGACCUGAAAAUAGCUGUGCAGCGACACUCCCAGCGACACUCCCUAUCCAAGCUGACAGAGCUUGAGAGGAUCUGCAGAGAAGAAUGGGAGAAAUGUCCCAAAUACAGGUCUGCCAAGCUUGUAGCGUCAUACCCAAGAAGACUCAAGGCUGUAAUCGCUGCCAAAGGUGCUUCAACAAAGUACUGAGUAAAGGUCUGAAUACUUAUGCAAAUGUAAUAUUUCAGUUUUCGAUUUUUUAUAAAUAUGCAAAAAAUUCUAAAAAACUGUUUUUGUUUUGUCAUUAUGGUGUAUUGUGUGUAGAUUGUUGAGUGAAAAAAACGAUUUAAUCAAUUUUAGAAUAAGGCUGUAACGUAACAACAUUUGGAAAAAGUCAAGGGGUCUGAAUACUCUGAAUGCAGUAAAUAAUACACACAGAGAAAUGACGCGGUGUAGCCUAUAAAUGGCAUAUUUAUUCGGAUAAUAAUUAAACUCAUUAUGACACUUUCUUUCCUCCCUUUCUAACUUGACGCUGCCAUGCAGCUGCUGCUCCUGUCAUUGCUCACGGUCACCGGAUUCACUGUUAGUGUCAGGGACGUUGUUGUUAGUCUCAAUCUUCUCAUGCUGCUUAACUUGACUAAAUAAAUGUGUUAAGGGUACAUAUGAGCAGGUUUUUUUAAAAAAUCCUGGUCUCCCUUUUUUUCGUUGCUUUUGAGCCCCAGAUUUACACCUACGUUCCAUUUUAGCCAGAGCUCAGACUUGUUGCUAGCUAGCCAGCUAGAUCUGAAGCUAAUCCCCACCAAUUUUCUUCAAUUAUAUGAAAAACAUUAUUGAGGGCCCCUCUCAUUUGCUGCCAUAUCUACCAUGAAUUAACCCAAGCUUGUAUUAGGCCACAGAAAUGCAUACCUGCAGUUACAAGGCAAACAGCAUAACCAUGCAGUAAAUAAUAUGCUCAGACAAAUGACCUGGUGAAGCCUACACAUGGGAUAUUAUCCUGUAGUAGCAUUGUCCAUGCGUGUUAAAAUCAAUUGCUCUCUGAUCUUGUUUCUCUGUUGUAGAUCCUCCCAAUGCAGAGAUCUCAGGGUUUGAUCAGAACUGGUAUGCUGGUCUGGAGGGAGCUGUCCUCAGCUGUGUCAGUGGAGGAAACCCCAAACCACAGAGUUUCACCUGGACAAGGUAACACCUGCCCUUCCUGCCUGACGGCAUCUGUCUGUCUGUCUGUCUGACUGACUAAACUGUCUCACUCUGUCUGUCUGGCUAAUCUGUUUUGGUUUGAUUUACUGGUGAUUCUAUUAGUCAGUUUUAAAGGUGUUACUAAGCCAAACGGGGAGGUCAGGCGUUGUCUCUAGUUUUGCUAUGAGUUCCACUUGCCAGGUUGUCAUUGUCAAUAAUAAGGUGAUUGACUUGAAUAUUUCCAGGGUUUUUCUUUAUUUUUACUAUUUUCUACAUUGUAGAUUAAUAGUGAAGACAUCAAAACUAUGAAAUAACACAUAUGGAAUCAUGUAGUAACUAAAAAAGUGUAAAACAAAUCAAAAUAUAUUUUGUAUUUGAGAUUCUUCAAAGUAGCCACCCUUUGCCUUGAUGACAGCUUUGCACACUCUUGGCAUUCUCUCACAUGAUUCCAUAUGUGUUAUUUCAUAGUUUUGAUGUCUUCACUAUUAUUCUACAAUGUAGAUAAUAGUCAAAAUAAAGAACAAUCCUUGAAUGAGUAGGUGUGUUCCAAACUUUUUACUGGUACUGUAUUGUCAUACACGGUGAUGAUUGCUGUGCUGAAGCAAUCCAAUAAAGGCGGAGCUGACUGAAGUUCUUGUGGUUUCUCACCUGACACAUUUUUCUGGUAACCUUUGGAAGACAUCCUGCAUGGUGGAUUAAACCAUUCUCGGGGAGUGGUAGAGGGUAGAGGUGGAACGAACCAUCUACUGGAAAUUGCUUCAGAAAAAUGUCUCAUUAAUAAAAAGUGACAGUUAGGCCUUUGGGGGAAUUUAGAGUCUCAGUCAGAAGUGAUAUAUUUUUAUAUGUGUGGUUUCCUGGAUCAUGGCCCACUUGGCACACACUGGUUGAAUCAAUGUUGUUUCCACAUAAUUUCAAUGAAACUAGUGUGGUGAGACGUGUCACCAAGUCUUAAGCUGUUAGUCACAUGAACACACCUGCAAGGCGUGUGUGUGUGUUAGUAACACACACACACACACACACACACACACACACACACACACACACACACACACACACACACACACACAAGACACACACACAGUAUGCUCACACACCCACACUGAUUCUGUCAAUCUCACCCUUAUAUACUUAAGACUGAGAUCUCUUGUUACACUGAAUUGCUCCUUACUUACGUGUACUCCUCCUUAAAACACACACGAUGCCGCACACUCGUGAUGAAUGAUGAGUAAGAAAGUUAAAGAGGCACAAAGAUCAUACCCCCAAAACACGCUAACCUCUCACCGUUACCAAUAACAGGAGAGGCUAGCAUUCUUUCCAAGGGAGUAUGAUAUGUAUGCCUCUAACUUUUUCACUCCUCAUUAUUCACAAUUCAUUCAUGCUUAUCCAUAUCCACAUUAAUGUAGAAUUGUUCAGAAACAUAUUCUAUUCUUAUUUACAAUAAAAGUGAUCCCAAAACGACACCGUCCUUAGCUCUUCAGAGAUUAAAUUAUUGGUACGUUUUUAUUUAUAAGGCCAUAUUGAGAGAGCUCCCAUUUUAUUUGUGUAACUACCUUGUCCAGCAGACCAAUGAAAACUAUCACCUGUGCUCACAUGACUGUGUUGUGUUGAUUGUGCCUAAGACCCGUACAGAGCUAGCGAAAAAUGUUUUACAGUUCUCUGCCCCUUCCGAUUUGAACAAGCUUCAAAAGGUCCUGAAAAUACAGGAGCUCAUCCGUUUGAAUGAGCUUAAAGCUAGGUUAAACACUAUGAUGGAUAAUGAAGUGGGGGGCUGUCAAUGUUUUGACCCUUAGUUUGCACCACACUGUCCCAAACCAUCUUGCUGUUCAAUGUGUAAAUGUUUUUUAACUGUAGUGCUUUGUGUUUUAUGUUGUAAAUGUGUCUGCAACUUUGUGUGCUGCUAUUUUGGCCAAGUCUCUCUUGUAAAAUAUAUUGUUAAUGUCAAUGAGACUAACCGGGUCAAUUAAAGGUAAAAUAAAAUCAUUGAUAUUGGGCACAACAUAAUCUGAAACACAACCAAAACAAACUGCAAAUGUAUCCAACAAGUUUGAAGAGUCACAAGCUUGAUAUAGUCAUUGCAUGCUGGGAAUAAGGGACCAAAUAAUACAACUUUUAACUACUUUAAUACACUAUAAGUGAAUUUGUCAAAAUACUUAUGACACCUUCAAAUGGGGGGACUAGAUACAUAAAGUGCUUUCAUUUCUAAAAGGUAAAACAAAUAUGUAUGAAAAUACCCUCAAAUAAAAGGUGACAUUCUGUACUGUCACCUCAUAUGAAACAUUUGAUGGAGUAUAGAGCCAAAUUAAACAUUUAGCUUCACUGUCCAAAUAAAUACGUAGGGUAGUGUACUUAAAACACACACAACGCCCACCCGCACGCACCCAUGCAGUGGGUAAACCAGUUUGCCUCUUUGUACAAAGCAGCAGGUGAAGUAAUAACCUGUAAUAGUGUCGUGUUGCAGCUUGUGCAGAGAGCAGACAGAGGAGGCAGUUUCACACGAGGGAGGGAGGGGGGGGUGAGAGAGGGAAGAGAAAGGGAUGAGUGUUGGCUCCGAAUAGGAGGGGUCGAAAGACAAGGAAUGGGGGAAGUGGGAGGUAUCGAGCCAAAGUGGGCAUGCGAUGGGGGAGGAAGGCUAGACUGUGGAUUUGUUUAGAACAGUAUCAGGCAGUGUGAUCUGUGUCUAUGUAAAAUGUUACGGUUUCUGUUUUCUCCUGCUUAUUGGGGCUCAUAUAGGGUCUGUUCAAAAGUCCCAGAACAGGACUCAAAGCUAUAUAGUAGCCUAUUGUUCAUAUAUAAGACGUUUGAAAUGGGAGUUCUGGGCCCGUAUUCACAGUGUAUCAGAGUAGGUGUGCUGAUCUAGGAUCAGGUCCCCCCUCUUAUUCAUGAUAUGAUUUAAAGCCCAAACUGAUCCUAGAUCAGCACUCCUACUCUGUGAUGCUUUCUGAAUAUGGGUCCUGGUUUGUUGUGGCCUCAAACACUGCUUCAUGUCAUUGUGGUGCUCAUUUGACCUUUCGGGUUAGUGUUGUUUGGUGACCAAUAGCCAAUAGUAAUUUGAGAUGUGUUGCUAUGAUGUUCGGGUCAUUGUUGUUGUUUUGAAUGUGAUGUUUUGUAUGAUACUGUUGGGUGUGUUAAAGGAGUGCGUUCAGGUUCUGUGAGUGGUGUUGGGCGUUAAUAGAGUCAUGACAUUCAGCCCAUUAUUGUAGGAUAUACUGUAUUCUUCUGUUAAACCCUAUGUUAAGUGCUAUAGUAUUUCUGUUAUGCGCAGGAAGGGUGGAGACUUACCAGAGGGCGUAACGGCAAGAAAUGGAUCCCUGCUGUUUAAUAGGCCCCUCAGCCUGACAGACGCUGGCAUCUACCAAUGUGUGGCCAAUAACGUUGUGGGGGUGGGGAAAGCAGAGGUGGAGAUCACUGUGACAGGUAGGUUGUGCUGUCAUAUAAAACAAAUAACUUUUGGGAUGUAUGGGAGUUUUUCUUUUUGCUGUAGGCCAUGUUUCUGUCCUAAAGAAAUAACUCUGUAUUAAAUUAAUGGUGCCAUUUAAGCAUUUGGCUUAUAUGUUCACUUCUGUAUUCAAUAUGAUGUGUAUGUUGUUUAAGAAUAUGACAUCACUUCCUGUUGUCCCUUUCCCACAGAGUUGCCUCAGAAUCCGGCGUUGUUCAAUAGUCUCCUGAUGAUCAUAGUGGGAGGGGUGGCCGGAGGACUGCUACUCAUCAUGGUCAUCGUAGUAAUCUCAGUGACCCGUCACCACAAACGCAAAAACAAGAAACUGGAGAAAGAACUGACUGUAAAGAAGUAUGUUUUCAAACCCCGCAGUAACUCCCCUAAAAUCAUUCUAGAAUCUAAAUUAUAAAUGUUACGCCGAAACAGUAAAUGCUUUUUGAAUUAAGAAUAUUUAACAACGCUUUUAUCUCUCUUUCUCUCGUUCUCUCGCUCUCAGGGAGGAGAUCAGUACUCUCUCCAGACAGGCCUCUUUCAGGAGAGUCAACUCAGUCAGUACGGAUGCUAGAGGACAGGUAUAUAAUAUGACCAUGUCUUACAAUCUGUGGUCUCUACUCAACAGUCUAGGCAUGCAGUCAUUUUGUAAAUAAAUACUUGCAAUUCCACGAGCAUUAUCUAUUUGCCUCGAGCUAAUAUGGUAUCUCGCUCUCUGUCUCCCUCCCUCUCUCUCUCUGUCUCCCUCCCUUUCACUCCCCCUCCCCUCUCUCAUCCCUAGUUCUUUCAGAUGGAGGAGAAUAUCCCUCUCAGAGUGGAGGGGACACUGCGGGCCAGUCUGUCCUCUCUAGGGGUCAGUCUUAAUUUCACUCUUUCUCUGCAUGCAGGCAAGCCUUUAGAUUUAGCCUCCAUAUUCAUGGAUGCUAAGUUCUGAGCUCUGAGGGGCAGGCAAAUCUUAUGUUAAUGUUUAAUUAACAUUUAUAUAAAUAAUGAAAUGUAAGGAGCUUCUUUUCUUUAAAUAACAUUUUUAUGUGAAAAGAAAAGUAGUGCAUCGCACAUACCGUAUAUUAAUUAUACUUCAUAUUAAUUAUACGUUAUGUUAUUAAGACUUAAUGCUUUCUCUCCAUCUUCUGUUCUGGAACUCCUGCUUCGGAAGCCAUUUUAAAUCUAUUUUUCUCUCUCGAUCUCUCUUUUCUUCACACACAGGAGCAAGGGCACAUCAGGGACAGCCGCUCUACUCUGGUAGGGGGAGGUGGGCUAGACUACCUGGGUCGACCUGUUCUGAACAACUCUUCACGAAGAGGGAGGGAGAGCAGAGCCACAGACAGAGAGGAAAACAGACUUAGGGUGGAGUCAUACGUCCGGAAUAGCACUAUGUCUUUGGUAAGUGUGUGAGAGGCAUGAGGAAUCAUGAAUUGCAUACCCACGUUCUUGUAAAUUGCUAUGAAAAUGUGAACCUUUUAAACUCAUACAUUUAGUAUAGGUUGCUAAUAGUCAUACUCAAAUUAGCCCUAGUUAUUUAUUUCCUCUAUCUAACCACAUGGUUACCCCUUGACUCUGUUUGACUCACAGGAAACCCGUCUCCACCCGCCUAUCCAACCCUCUCCCUUCCCAAUGGAACAAUCCACCAAGCUGCUGAGGUCCCUGAACGGCAGCGCCAUCAUUCCAACAGAGGGGGGUUUACAUGUACGGCACUCCCCUCUCAGCUGCAGCUACCCUCCCGUCACAGACGAAGAGGAGGAGGGUGAAAGUGUGGAGGGAGAGCGGGGGACAAGCCCCAGGAUGAGUCUGAUAGAUCAGGGGAGGUCAGAGGACCAGGACAACAGUUCUCAGAUCUCAGAUGCGGAACGUGGACUCAACCAUCACUUCCAGCAGAACAAUGGAAUGUUGAGACCCAAACCCCGGCCCAACGGCAUCCCCCUCACCCCAUCCCCACACGCCUCCCUCAUCCACAAGGCCCAGAUUGUAUAGAGGAGUCCGGGCAAGGGCAGAUGACGCACUAUACGACAAGGACUGGUUGUGACUGUUUGGGAUAGGUGCCCGCCGGUGUGGUGGCAUAACUCAGUGGCAGCCAGUUUACAUCCUUUUCACUUCUGGAGCAUACCUCCACCUUCGUCCUCAAGCUCUCAGAGAUGUCUGAUCAGCAGAUAAAGGUUUUGAUUGGUGAACAGAUAAUGCUUCUGAUUGGUGUAGAGAUACAAAUAAGUAACACAUAUGUAUCACAGGAGAGGAGCUGGACAUGUCAAAUAAAAAGCUUAUGAAUGUCAGGUUGGACAUAGACCAAAGUAGUCAUAACAUUGUACUGUAUAUAAUAUCACAGCAAUAACGAUCACUCCAGGAAGCAUCAAGAGGACAUUUACAUGAUUUUGUACCCUAAAAAGACUCCACCACGCAUUUUGUAUUGUAUUUUAUUAUUAUUUUUGAAGACAUGAUGACAGGACACUGUAACUGAGAUACAGUAUUUGAAUAUCAACUAAUGCAGUGACUCCUAACUGAACUCAGAGAAGAGGCAUUCAGCAGAAGCACAAAUAGCGCCUGCCCGUUGUGUUGGUGAACUUUCACCCUCCUUUCCUCUGGAUGAGGGGAUACAACACAUAUUGUUCUGUUCACCCUAAAAUGGAGUCCAUCUUUCUGACUUUAAGUGUGGCAGGAGUUUAUCUAGAUAUACCCCUCCUUGCCAUGAACUUGGGUGU